AUGGCCGAAGAAUGGGAGGAAGUUUGUCGGAGAAAACAAACAACAAAUGGUGGUCAUUUAAGCCACUUAACCAACAUCUAUGUAGCAGGAUUUCAUGGGGGAACAAAGAAGUCGGAGCUCUGGUCACUUUUCUCAAAACAUGGCCAUGUAGCAGAUGUUUAUAUGGGGAAUAAGAGAGAUAACAAGAAAAUGAACUUUGCAUUUGUAAGGUUCAAAGGAGUGGGAGAUGAGAAAGAACUGGAAGACAAACUACAAGGAACCACGUUGAAGGAGAGACCUCUCAUUAUCAACCUAUCCCGACAUCCAAGGAAGUCGCCGAAUCUGCAACAGACCCAUCUAAAACGUAAUAUCGUCAGAGUGGCCCCACCCCCACUAAAGUCGGGUAUUAGGGAUGGUAGAUCUUUCGCACAUGUCGCCUCUGGAAGAGAAAACAAUAUUCAAAUGUCGCCAAUAACCAUAAACUCAGCAACGGUCAUGAAUGAAUGGUUAAAGAAAGCGGAUCAACACGAAAUCCCAUAUGAAAGAACCGCAUGGCUUAAAAUUUUAGGGGUUCCUCUACGCCUGUGGGACGAAGAGAACUUUAACAUCAUCGACGGUCGUUUUGGUAGGAUUGUAUCUCCGUUCAAUAAACUGUACACAAGACGCGACUUUUCAAUGGAAAAGGUUAGCGUUCUCACGUCGGAACGGAAAUGGAUCAAUACGGAAGUCACUGUCGUGGCGGAUGGUAAGACAUACAAGAUUGGCGUAGUGGAAUACACAGAUGACUGGUCUCCAUUUCUUCCCGCCCCAUUUGAUAAGGUUGAUGAGGAAUCAGGCGAAGAAGGAGAAGAGGUUGUGGAUGAUUCUAGCGAAAAUGAUGAGGAAGAAGAUGGUAUAUCGGAUACAUGGAUGGGUGACCAGUAUGACGAUACAGAAGAAGGAGAAAUAAGGUCGGAACCAUCACGGAUUAACAGUCCGGUGAGGCAUGAAUCUGAUGCCGGCGGGUGGACGAAAGAUUUCACUCCGUCAAUCAUGGGGAAGAAGGAAACAAUUAUUGAUAAUUCCCAAAGUGGUGAUACCCCCAAUGGUGAAAAAACGAUUGGAAUCCCCAAGAAAACAACUGAUGGAACCGUACUCAAGGCAUUAACUCCCCCAAAGUCGUUCAAAUUCCAGUCUAAGACAGCUGAUAAAUGCAACACUGACCAUGUUCCUAUUGGGUCAACUAGCCCACUUACACAUGGAAGACUGGAGAAUUUAGUCCCUUCCGGUUGUUUUGGACCCUUCCCAUGUUUGAACCCAAAUAUUGUUGGCCCACCAGCGAAAAAAAGGAAAAGAUCGGAUGUUGACGCCGUUAACAUCUUGGACCUCAUAUUCUCUCCGCCUGCAAAGCAGGUCGAUGUCCUCCAUCAUUCAGAAAAUACCAUCGCAGGAGUUCCGAUGACGCAUACAACGAACCCCCCAGAUCACACUAGCAACCUAGUGAGUGAUAACCCUUCCGUCCCUACUAAGGAUCGAAGAGACCAUGUCGAUUGCUCGAAACCAAACGAGUAUGCUCAGAUUGCAGAAAUUGGGGCUUUGGUCGGUUCUCAAAUUGAAGCUGAUAACAACAUACUCGCGUCUGUUGUUGGUGAAAAAGGUGUACACGACUGUUACCCAUGA